AUGACUGGAGAGUGCAUCGACCACAAGGAAAAUCCUGGCCUGCGCGUUGAGCCAAAUUUCAUUGAUGAAAGAGAGGAGCAGGACACGAUGCUAAAGCUAGGUACUUGUCAAGUUGACAAGCAUGAGCUUGCCAAAGAACUCCGAGAGGUUAUAAGAAAGUAUGGUUUCUGCUUCGAAGCAGAAAUGGUUCACAUGCAGCUGAUGGACGCGAAAGGAAGCACCCAAGACAUUGGCCAGAAUCGAUCCCAGCGAGCGACCGGGCGGCCUGAAUCGCGUGACGAUCAAGUUGGGAUCGUGGCACCUUGGGGAUAUGGGGCUGACCUCGACACAGCCCAGCUGCCCAAGAUGGUGCGCAAGAUAGUGCAGCGAUUGACUGAGAAAGGCUACAGACUUGGCCCCUUGAGAGAUUGCACCAUUAAUCACCGCACUGGGUCUUUCUUCAUGAUUCAUCCUCAUGUAGAUCCACUCACAGAUGGCCCUCAUGUCUUUGUUCUGGGGAUCCUAAGUGGCGCAGUGCUGACCUUCACACCAGAUGGAGUCGCAGGUCGAAGAGGUGUCGAAGUGGAGCAAAAGUCUUGGACCGACGACGAUUUGGAUGUCCUGAUCCGACGCCGCAGCAUUGCAGCAUUCACUGGCGAUGCACGCUACCAUUGGCGGCAUGGGAUUCGUGCUGGCAUGGAGCUGAAGGCACCCGAGUUAGGUGCCCAUCCCGUGGUUUGCGACUUUUGGGGCUCUAUGAAGUACAUUUUGCCGCGGAAGGAGGAGCGGUUUUCUUUGGUCCUGGCUUUCGCUGAUGCGUGA